GGCAUGAGGAGCGGGCGAUGAUCCCCGCCAACGCCUCCGCCAGGAAGGGGCCCGAGGGCAAGUACCCGCUGCACUACCUCGUGUGGCACAACCGCCACCGCGAGCUGGAGAAAGAGGUCCGCGCCGGCCAGCCGCCGCUUUUGUGCUGUUGACCCGGAGAGGGUGAUGGGAGCGGCCCCCGCCCGCUUCCCUCCGGCCCGGACUGGCGGCCCACACGUGCUCCGGACCCUCCCAGAUUGGGGAAGUGGUUUGCAGCCACUGGUAACGGAAGCGAGGUCAGAGUGGUGGAUCCUGCGGGACAGAGAUGAACAAACCAGGCACAGCCCAUGCCCUCCAGGAAACCCCGUUCUGGUGAAGCAAGUGUGAACAGGGAAGUACAGUGUGAUGUGCAGGGUGCUAAAACAGUCCAGCCUCUUCUGGCUCAUUCUCUGCUUUCCUCCCCUUGAGGGCAAGAGAAGACAAGCCUCUGAUAGAGGUUACAGCUGGAGGGAUUUAAGUAUGAUCUGAGAGGAACUUCCCAAUGGGAUGGUUGAUGGUUGGUCGAAGAAUUGUUAGGAAGAAGGCUAGUGGCUGAAUGUCCGGAUCACCUCAGUCACACUCCCUUGCCCAAGGGGUGGGUGGUCCUUUUCUUGCAGAGAUUGGAGAGAGGCAGAAUGCCUUAGAAGAAAAGGCUUUUUCACCCAGGCCUCUCUGAUUGACAGUCCUCAGGCUGCCACAGAAACCAGGGACCAGGUUCACCCCAUCCCCACCCACUCAUCCCCUCACCCUGCUGCCUCUUCUUCACUCCAAGAAAGCCCUGCAGAAGCCCUCCGUGGGCAGGCUUGGCAAUGCUGGCCAAGGAGGAGGGGGAUGGCACGGCAGGCUUCUGAGCAGGUGGACAUCGAGCAGCUGGAUCCCCGUGGGCGGACUCCCCUGCACUUGGCCACCACCCUGGGGCACCUCGAGUGUGCCCGCGUGCUCCUGGCACACGGCGCAGAUGUGGGCAGGGAGAAUCGCAGCGGCUGGACAGUGCUUCAGGAAGCUGUGAGUACCCGGGACCUGGAGCUGGUGCAGCUGGUGCUGCGGUACCGGGACUACCAGCGGGUGGUGAAGCGGCUGGCAGGCAUCCCUGUGCUCCUGGAGAAGCUGCGCAAGGCCCAGGACUUCUACGUGGAGAUGAAAUGGGAGUUCACUAGCUGGGUGCCCCUGGUGUCCAAGAUCUGCCCCAGUGACACCUACAAAGUGUGGAAGAGUGGGCAGAACCUUCGGGUAGACACCACACUUCUGGGCUUUGACCACAUGACGUGGCAGCGAGGGAACCGCAGCUUUGUCUUCAGGGGCCAAGACACGAGCGCCGUGGUUAUGGAGAUUGACCACGACCGCCGGGUGGUGUACACAGAGACCCUGGCUCUGGCUGGGCAGGACCGUGAGCUACUGCUGGCUGCUGCCCAGCCCACCGAGGAGCAGGUGCUGAGCCGGCUCACCGCACCCGUCGUCACCACGCAGCUCGACACCAAGAACAUCUCCUUUGAGAGGAACAAGACCGGCAUCCUGGGCUGGCGCAGCGAGAAGACCGAGAUGGUGAAUGGGUAUGAAGCCAAGGUAUAUGGGGCAUCCAAUGUGGAGCUCAUCACCCGGACACGGACAGAGCAUCUUUCAGAACAGCACAAGGGCAAGGUCAAAGGCUGUAAGACACCUCUGCAGUCCUUCCUGGGAAUUGCUGAGCAGCAUGGGGGCCCCCAAAAUGGGACCCUGAUCACUCAGACUCUGAGCCAAGCCAACCCCACUGCCAUCACCGCAGAAGAGUACUUCAAUCCCAACUUUGAGCUUGGCAACCGUGACAUGGGCCGACCCAUGGAACUGACCACCAAGACACAGAAGUUCAAGGCCAAGCUGUGGCUGUGUGAGGAGCAUCCCCUGUCCCUGUGUGAGCAGGUGGCCCCCAUCAUUGACCUCAUGGCCGUCAGCAAUGCACUUUUUGCCAAGCUCCGGGAUUUCAUUACCCUGCGCCUGCCUCCAGGAUUCCCUGUCAAGAUUGAAAUCCCGAUUUUCCACAUCCUCAACGCCCGUAUCACCUUCGGGAACCUCAAUGGCUGCGAUGAGCCGGUGCCGUUGGUGCGAGGCAGCCCCAGCAGCGAGACCCCUUCCCCAGGCAGUGACUCCUCCAGUGUCAGCAGCUCCAGUUCCACGACCUCGUGCCGCGGCUGCGAGAUCUCCCCCGCGUUGUUCGAGGCCCCACGCGGCUACAGUGUGCUGGGCGGCCAGCGAGAGGCCGCCACCCGCGACGACGAUGACGACCUGCUGCAGUUCGCCAUCCAGCAGAGCCUGCUUGAGGCGGGCAGUGAGUAUGACCAGGUCACCAUCUGGGAGGCGCUAACCAACAGCAAACCGGGCACUCACCCCAUGUCCUACGAGGGUCGCCGACAGGACAGGAGCGCUCCGCCCACGCCGCAGCGCCAGUCCACAACCCCCGCGGGCCUGGCGUCGGUCCCCAGCCCUCGGCCGAGCCCGCGCCCAGGCCAAGGCGGCCACGUGUUCCGGAGCUACGAUGAGCAGCUGCGGCUGGCAAUGGAGCUGUCUGCGCAGGAGCAGGAGGAGCGACGGCGGCGCGCGCGCCAGGAGGAGGAGGAGCUGGAGCGCAUCCUGCGGCUUUCUUUGACUGAGCAGUAGCGCCCACUGCCGGGCCCCUUGGCCACGCCCCGCGGGACCCGCCCCGGAGCGAGAGUCGCCCCUCCUGCGCGCUCUCCGAGCUGACUCCGGAGACCCGAACCGCCGCCUCGGGGGCGUAGCGGCGCACCCGGCACCAGAUGGGGAGGGGUUCGGCCCGGCCGUGGGGUACCUUCCUGGAGGCAGCUGGCACGGCUCCCCUGCUUUGCUGUAUCCUGACCCCACCCCACUCUCCUGGGCUCGGACCGGUCCAAGGGCGGAGCCAGGCCGUUUGAGGGGGAGACGGUCCUUAGAGGAGCACUGUCUCCAUCCCUUGCUCCUUCUGGCCGGUCCUCCUUUCUGCUCACUGACCCCACUCCAGGACACUGCCCGUGAAGCCUUUGCAUCUCCGCUCUUCACCCCUGGGGGGCAGCUGAGCUCCCCACGUGCUGUGUGGCUGCUUCGUCCUAGACACAAACCAGCACGUCAAGGGCCCAGCUCCUCCCCCACCCCGGCAUUUCAGCGUCAAGUGCACUUAGCGGGGUGCCCGGCUCCCCCAGCCCCCACACCCCUCCCGGGUCUCAGGGUGGUCCCAGCUUCUCUUUGGGUGACCAGAGGUUGGAGUCCCCAUCCCCAAGGCACGUUUUUGUGAUCAGGGAGGGUGCCCAAGGUGGCCCCAAGUCUGGGCAAGGCCUGGCUCCCUCGUGGUGUCUUGGCGAAUGGGGAGGCAUAGUGGGCGUGGGGCAAACACCAGACUGGACACAGGGGUCGCCCAGGGCCCUGGCACCACCAUCCAUCCCUUCCCACCAGCUGCUGCUAGCCCUCUGUGGUUGUGCAUCCUACUUUCCCUCCACCCAGGGGCUGACUCCGAAACCCUUCAUCCAAUGGUGCUAACCCCCGGCUCUCCCCUGCCCCACCCCACCACCCAGAGAAGCACAGACCCCGCCAGGGGCAGGGGCCCACUGCACACCCUCGUCUGGGUUCUCUCGGACUGGCCUUCCUGGCUCAGCCAGUGAGGCUUGGAAGGGACACGAAAGCGAUGGAAGAAAACAACAAAGGGAAGCUGUUCCUCUCACCCUCUUCCCUGAUGCCAGGGGCACCAGACUGAUUCUGAGGCACAAAUAAAAGAGGCUUCAAACCCGA